ACGCGGGUGCUUCCCUUCCGGCACACCACUACUCUAACACGGGUCCUGUCUACCCUUGCUACUCUCCCUCUCUCUCCCUCCGCUCUGCAGUCGUCUGUACCCCGCGGACGCCCUCAUCAGCUCGCAGAGUACCUGCCGGACAAUGUCCGCAAGCGAAGUCGGAGGAGCAGGCCCCGAGGCGGCCGUCGUUCCCGCUGGGGACGAUGGGAGCGAAACGCCGCCGCAGCAGCAGACUGAAGAGCAGCUGUCGGCGCUCAGGGAGAACCUCGCCAGGAAGGGCAAGAACAGCUACUACUACGCCCACGACAGGGUAAUGGACACCCCUUCGUGGGAUGGGAGAUCAGCCCCUCGCCGCUUGGCCACCACUAGCGCGACCAAGCCAGCGCCAAAGAAGGCGGAGAAGGUGACCGACUACGCCUGGGCCAACGAGAAGGCCAAGGUUAAGAUCUACGUCCCCCUCGAGGGCUGCGCAGACAUCGAAGACGACAGUAUCAGCUUGAAGUGGGAGGCGCGCUGCCUCGACCUGGAGGUAGCACUUCCUUCCGGGGUGUCUCGUAGACUGCACAUCCCAUCGCUACACGAUGACAUCACGGGGGCCACGUUCCGAAAGAAGAAGAGCAAGAUGAUCGUGACCCUCGUCAAGAAGGACGAGGUUACAUGGUACGACCUCACCUCGACCAACAGCCGAUGACACAAGACACCAGGGGGGUCCGGUGGUUGAUUACAAACGCCUCCUACUAUCGAUGGCCGGGGGGCGUGACAUGAAAGCGGCAACAUUGACGUUUCACGCGGGACCGUGUUCUUUUUGGAGCAUUUGCGGUCGCGGGCUUUUGUGUUUUUUGCGCGGGCGUUCGCUUGUUCGCGGCGGGAAGGCACUCCAUGACCCUGCUUGCAUGUGUUCGUAGUGCGUUCGGGUGCCAUGCGCGGGGUGGGUGGUGUUUUGCUGGGCAAAUUUGGAGGGCUGUGUCGCCGAGGAGGUGUGUGUUUUACCCUCCUUGACGCUUGUCGAGUAGAGCUGUAUCGGCGGGCCUCGAAACGAAAGCCUGUCUGUUUUUCGGCCCGUUGCGUCUACAGCGCUGUUGGCGGAGAGGUAGUGGGCGGAUGCAUAGCUAGUCUACGCCUGCUGCGGUUGUCAGCCGGGUGUGACAUCCACGUGUUUUAGUGUAUGCUAGACUGCGCGUGGUUCAAGUACCCUCGUAAAAUGUUACCUACCUGGUAUGCUGCCUCAUGUAGGUUUGAGGGUUGAACCUUUUCGUUGCGGUGAUUAAACGCGCAAUUUGGACGUC